AACUUUGACGACGGCUCACUUUAUCUGUGUAUUAAGUUACAUUAUAUAUUUUGACAAGGAGAGAACGGCUACCUUCCCUGCUGCUACUUUGGUGUGACGUCACAGCACCUGCUCAUUUGCUAUUGGACAGUUGAGCUAUCAAUCACCACCACAAGUCGCGAGUUGAGCUGAAUGACAGCGCCGUGUCAGAGAGCUCCGUUUGAACCAGACAAAAUGGGAAAUACAUCCAGUUGACGCUUUCAGGCUGCGGUAUUAUGUAAAACGCUGCAGAGGUGAUCAUCAAAGAGGGGUUUUGAAAGGAAGAUCUCUUUCAUUCUAAAUCGAAGUGUGAUCGGCAGACGUGAAAGAGAACUCAAGAAAGGAAGAGUUGGUGAUUUAGUCACGAAUGGCUUUCGACUCAGUUGGCAGCGACAGAGGUGAGGCUGCGUGGAUCAUGCAUCAGCAAAUGCAGUCUGAGCCCAAAUCAUCUUGGCCUUCCAGCUACAACUCCGAAAACAAUAACUGGAACAUGGAAUCUCAGUAUCCUGGCUACUCAAACUAUUGGUAUCCCCAGUCCCACGCAACGGGACCCUACAGCAAUACUUACCCCCCUGGAACACAGGUUAACGAACAAGCAUCAUACAAUCCCCAGGCAAUGUCAACCUAUCCCAAUGGGGUGUACAAUCCAGGACAGUACUCCACGAAUAUGCUACAUCCUUCCAAUCCGUUCUACUGCAGUGAUCAGGUGCCUUCAAGACAACCUCAGUAUCACAACCAGGCCUGUCCUGAUCAAAAUGCAGGGGGUCCAGCUCCUCCUCCCUACCCUGUGCCACACUGUCAAGGGGCUGCUGGCUACCCUCCAGGAUCCUACACACACUAUGGAGAAGGGUGCCCCUCGAACCCCCUCUACCCCAACCAACAGCCCAUGCUCUGUAGACCCCAGCACGACACCUGGUCCCACUCUGGAGGGUAUGGACCCGCAACCCCCCAACAGCAAUGGCCGUCCAAUACCCCGAAACCUCAUGGUCAUUAUGGCAACCAUGUACGACCACCUCACCCCCCACCAUGGCAAGGACCUGCACCGCCUCCAUAUGAACACAAGGAUCCAUCCUAUCACUGUCAGGCUCAUGUACACCCUCGACACCAGCCUGCAGGCCCUAAACCAUGUGCCAGCACCCCAAACCCAACCCCGCCCAAACUUGCCCAAUUCAGCGCUCCGCCUCAAAUCUACAACAUGACUCCCUCCGGAGGUGGAGGACCCAAAGGGGGUGCUGAUCCCAACCCAGCUCAGAGUGAGCAACCUCCAAUGUCUUCCCACUCUGGUUCGUACACCCUUGCCCUGCUGAGCGAUAAUCUCAGCCUGGCUCGAGUCCAGCAGGUUCUGGCCAGAGUCCAGCUCCUCCAGGAAGACGUGGAUGAGUUUGUGGGGAAAAAGACGGACAAGAGUUACCGGUGCCUGGAGGAGCUUUUGACAAAAGAGCUUCUGGAACUGGACUCGGUGGAGACUAAUGGGCAGGAUGGCGUUCGACUGGCUCGUAAAGAGGCCGUUCAAAGGAUCCAGGCAAUCUUGGACCGGCUUGAGAAAAAGGCCUUCUAAUAAUAGGGUGGAUUGAUUAUGGUUCUGGUUGUAUACUGUAUGUGGUUGAUUCUGUUUUUUAAUUGUUGCUUAGAAUUGUUUUUUUUUACUUUUUGAUUUUUCUCAUUAUCACAGAUUAUCAGCUUCAGGGUUUGCCAGUUUUAAAUGUGUGUUAUUUUUGAGUUGCGUACCCUAGUUAUGGUAAUGUAUUAGUAUUAAAACACAGGCAUUCCUAUUCAUUGCAGUGCCAUACCCUAACCAGCAGCAGCAGUCUGACAUCUGCACAGAAUUAAGCAUUAGACGGUAGCACUUUAUAGUAAGGUUACAUUUGUUAACAUUAAUAAAUGCAUUAGGUGUCAUGUACUAACAAUGAACAAUAUAUUUUUACAGUAUUUAAAAUUUUUUGUUAAGGCUGCACUACGUAGCUUUGUACUCUCUAGCGACAUCUGUGGUUGAAACAUAAAAUUGCAAGCAAUUUGCGGAAGAAUACAUUACGUCAGUCGUGUUCUGGCACUGCUCUUCUGCCGGAUGAAUUUCACAAUUUGAGCUUUCCUGGACAUCGCCUGUGUGUGAUCAUGAGUGAUAACGUGCUAUUUUCAUCUUGAUAUUAUGUUAUACGAUUUAACAUUUGAAACAAAGAUAUUACAUGCUUUGAUGAAGAUAAACAACACUCUUAGUUACAUAUUUGAAUGAAUUUUACACUUAAAUCGCUUUUCUGACACGACACUCAAAGCACUUUUAAAUAGAGAACAGGGGACUCUCCUCAGCCACCACCAGUUGAUCUUAAUAUGGUUAUUUAAGUGUUUUAUCUACUAUUAAUGUUUUAAUUGUACUACAAUUUUCAAUUUAAGAGGUUAAACUCGUGAUAUGGCAGAUACGAGUUCAAUAGAAGACUUUAUUAUUUUUAUACUAUAUUGUCCAUCCUCAGUUACUACAAUAGUAUGUCUAUGCAAUGCACACAAUAACAUGUAAACUAAAAACAUAAAACAUGGAUUCAAUAAUGAUGGGGAUAAAAUAUACUUUAUUAAAUGUAAAAAUAAUAUGCUUAAAUAUGUAAUAUAACAAUUACAAGAAGUCAAUUUCAGAAGUCAUACAUGUUAAACAUGUCACAGUAACUUCACACGACAACAUAGAUACAUUGCGAUCGGUUAACACACGAGUAAUGUUCGAUUCAUACAAGCAUUAUAGCAGGUAAACAACUUCGCCAAACGGGUAACAGAUAAACUUCCAUCUAGACUGCAACGAUGUUGUCCUGAACUGUAUGAGUGUUACUGAACUAAGCUGAACAGGGUUUCUCCAGUCGGAAAACACGAGACAGCCGGUACUUCUUUCCUGUAUGUGCGGACGUGAAGUAAUGACGCAAGGAUGAACGUCAUAAACCAGCGAUUUCGCGCCAAUUUGAACCCGACAGCGAAAAAUACAAAUAUUUUUAUAGGCUUACCGUAGUGAAUCGGGGUAAAGUAAGGACAUUGUUUUGAACACUGAUUGUUUAUGUACUCAAUCAGUAAUGGCAAUUUGUUCAUUUUUAACCAAACGAUCUUACAUAGUGCAGCUUUAAUGUUAGUUAAAAAUACAAUUGUUCAUUGAUACUUUGUUUUUAAACAUUUGUUAGUGUGUUGAAAUUAACAUUAACCAAGAUUAUUGUAAAGUGUUACCCAUAAGUCUCCACUUGCAAGUCAUUGCAUAACUCUGUCUUAAGUUAUGCUUGUUUUUUUCUUUUCUUGAGUCUAAUCAGGCUAAAAAGGACAAAAAAGAGCUAACUUGACUGCGUCUUAACAUUUCCAGUGUUUUUUGGUAGCACAAAAUUUUUUGUACUAAAUUGGAGCCUCCAUCCCUCAUUUUGCACUUUGUUUUUUACUAUAUUGUUUACCGCUGCUAUUAUACCAAUAAAUAUUUUCUUUUUUAGAAAGAAAAUUGGAUAAUUUGGAUAAUAAAGUAAGGUCACUUUUUUGGUAACUCGCUGUCAACCACUUUCAGUUUGACUUUCUUUUUCUUUUUUAUUGUGUAUAGUUCUUUCCACCAGUUUCAUUUAGUCACAUUCUUCAUGUAAAUGGAUGUUUAACCAAUCCGAUUACAUAUUUGUUUUUGAAUUUGAUCAUGGAUCUGUCUUGUCCAAACUGAGCGUUACGAACCCACCGCCUGCACAGAUCUUGGUCUAGCAUUCACACUGCCAUUGGUUCCAUUGUUGUCCCCAAGUUGUCUUCCUUUCUUAGGUCUGCACCUGGGUUUUAAAGCUCUUCUGGCUUUUAGUCAUUAUCUGUUUGCUUUUAGACUAUCUAUAUGGUAGUGUAGUUGCUAGUAUACUAGCAAAUACUACCUGCCUGCAUAACAGUGGCAUAGCCAGGGGUGGGCCGGGUGGACCUGGGCCCAGAAUGUUAGUUUAUUUUUUGACUUCAAAUACAUAUUUAUAAAAUAGUUUUAAAAAGCAUAAAUUCUGCUUUCUGAAAGUGUGAAAGAACUGUUUCAAUGCCUUUCUGUUGCUAAUGAAAAUUUUGAGAAAAAUACUUUUGGGUGAAAAUUUGGCCCAUCCAUUUUUAUUGAGACCCACCCAAAAGUAAUUUCCUGGUUACGCCCUUGCUCCAUACUGUAGCAAUAGCAAGUAGCAAAUUAUGGUUUUGCCAGGCUGUGACAAAAAUUAAUGGAAUAUUCCAGGUUUAAGACUAGUUAAAGGGAUAGUUCACCCAAAAAGGAAAAUUCUCUCAUCAUUUACUCACUCUCAUGCCAUCCCAGAUGUAUAUGACUUACUCUCUUCUG